AAGAAAAAAUGAAAACUCUGGGUAUGUUGUGUUCUUUCAUGGCUAUGAUAGUUCUCUUGCUGGCUAUUGCUGAUGGUCAGCCACUAGUUCCUGCAUUUAUAGUAUUUGGGGACUCAGUUGUUGAUGUAGGCAAUAACAACCACCUCUACACCAUUAUUAAAGCUAACUUUCCUCCUUAUGGAAGAGAUUUUGCCAAUCACAGACCAACUGGAAGGUUUUGUAAUGGAAAACUUGCCUCAGACUUCACUGCUGAAAACUUAGGCUUCACUUCCUAUCCUCCAGCCUAUCUUAGCAAAAAAGCCAGAGGAAAGGAUCUCUUGAUUGGUGCCAAUUUUGCCUCAGCUGCUUCUGGUUAUUAUGAUGGAACAGCAAAGCUAUAUCAUUCAAUCUCUUUGAGUCAACAGCUGCAAUACUACAAGGAGUAUCAGAACAAAUUGUCAGGAAUUGCAGGGCAAUCCAACGCUUCAUCGAUAAUAUCAGGUGCAAUCUAUCUUGUUAGUUCUGGAAGCAGUGAUUUUCUUCAAAACUACAACAUAAAUCCUCUGCUUUACAAGGCCUACACCCCUGACCAAUUCUCAGACAUUCUCAUUCAAUCUUAUGCAGAAUUCAUCCAGAAUUUGUAUGGUUUGGGGGCAAGGAGAAUUGGAGUAACAACACUGCCACCACUUGGGUGCCUACCAGCAGCUAUUACAUUAUCUGGUCAUGGUAGCAACGAAUGUGUACCGAAAUUCAACGAUGUUGCUGUUUCAUUCAAUGACAAAGUCAAUGUGACCUCUCAAAGCCUGCAAAAGAAGCUUUCUGGCCUCAAUUUGGUUGUCUUUGAUAUCUACCAACCUCUCUAUGACCUUGUGACAAAACCUGCUGACAAUGGGUUUGCGGAGGCAAGAAGGGCUUGUUGUGGAACAGGAAUGAUAGAGACAGCUGUACUGUGCAACCAAAAGUCAAUUGGAACUUGUGCAAAUGCAUCUGAGUAUGUGUUUUGGGAUGGUUUUCAUCCAUCGGAAGCAGCAAACAAAAUUUUAGCAGAUAACUUGCUCACCAGCGGGAUCUCUCUCAUCUCCUGAAGCAUUGGUGAAAGAAAGAAAACCUGCAGAGUGAAAUGAAUCUAUAUAAUAUAUAAUGUUUUGUUCAAUGUAAGAGGAUCUUGGUUAUGAAUAAUACUACUUACAUAUACAGAGAUGAUCUGAUAUAAAAUGACUGUUUAUUGCAAUCUAUGCAGCACAAACCUUUCUAGUAUUUUGGUUCCUUGAUCACUGAAAAUUUUCCACCCAUUUCACCUCAUCGUCUAUUCAGUUCAGUGCUAAUCAGAAAGAGAAUCAUUGCUUUAUCAUGUUAAUAAGAACGUUAAGGCAAAGGUGGAGGAAAAUUGAUCAAGAUACAUUUAGGAUUUG